AUGGCCCAAUACGUGGCAAAAGUAAAGGAGAUUGCUAAGGCAUUCAAAACUUUCAAACUGGAGUACAUCCCCCGUGGAAGAAACAGAAAAUCUGAUGCCCUCAGUAAGCUAGCCUCGGUGGCAUUCGACCACCUCGCGAAAGAAGUUAAGGUGGAAGUCCUGACAUCUCCUUCCCUUAACAGAAAGGAGGUUGCUGCAAUUGAGGGUACUCGGGAAACGUGGAUGACACCAAUUAUUAAGUUCCUCCAGGACGGAAUUCUACCCGAAGGGGAGUGGGCAGCCAAAAAGAUAAGGGUCAAAGCCAUGCAAUAUGAACUGAUCGAAGGAGAGCUAUAUCGAAGAUCAUACCCGGGCCCGUCCCUGAAAUGUGUUGACAUGGAAGAGGCUGAAUAUGUGGUUAGGGAAAUGAACGAGGGGAUUUGCGGAAUGCACUCGGGACCAAGGACGACAGGCCCGGGAGGGGUCAAAUACGUGGUGGUGGCCAUUGAUUACUUCACCAAAUGGAUCGAAGCGAGGCCCCUGGCAAAGAUUACCGGAGAACAGAUGAGGAGGUUCGUAUUGGACAACAUCAUAUGCAGGUAUGGGGUCCCAAUGGAGCUGGUGAGCGAUAACGGUGUCCAGUUUGCCGGAAGGCCCUUCAAACCAUGGUGCGAGCAGAUGCGGAUUCAACAAGUGUUUACAUCCAUCACCCAUGCCCAGAGCAACGGACUGGUGGAGAGAGCUAACCAAAGCGUCAUCAAGGGAAUGAAAGGAAGGCUUGGAAGAAAACAAAAAGGCUGGUUGGAAGAACUUCCAUUCGUGCUAUGGGCAUACAGAACCACUCUCAAAAGUUGCAAUGGGGAGACCCCGUUCAGCCUUACCUACGUGACAGAAGCUGUCAUCCCCGCCGAGAUAGGAUUCACGACUGCUCGGAUGAAGCUUCGAGAUGAAGAAAACGAACAGGACCUCAGAAUGAACUUGAACCUGUUGGAAGAAAGAAGGGAGAUAGCAGCAGUCAGGGAGGCCAAAUACAAAAAGCUACUAGAGAGUUAUUACAACACCAGGAUGAAGAAGCUCAACCUCGUCCCGUGGGAUCUAGUCCUUAGAGCCAAUGAAGCCAACUUGCAAGAAAACACUGGAAAGUUAGGCCCCAACUGGGAAGGGCCCUACCGAGUCACAUGGGCAAAUGGCAAGGGAACUUGCAAGUUGGAAAUGCUUGAAGGAAAGGAGGUCCCCAGGACCUGGAAUCUCAUGCAGCUCAAGAAGUAUUACGUGUAA